AUGGCCUCCUCACGGCAGUCCGGCUCGAGUGCACGAUCGAGCGAGACCACUGCUAUUGACUUCGAUUCGCCACGACCAAGUCCCACGAUGGCAGAGAACUUCGAACAGCGCAGGGAUUCCUGCGGUCCACAAUCGUCGCUCCCAAGAAGUACCGCACAGUCUUCAGUCUCAACCCUCCCCAGGAGCCUAUCAGAACCAUACCAGCCUAAAGAUCGCCAUGGAUGGCCGCGUCUUGCUGAUAUUAUGGCGGAGGUACCUUCGUUUGCUGCCUUCCCAAGGUUCAGGGAUUUGAACAUGAGGAACUUGCUCUUUUUCAAGGUGCAGCUAGACAUCUUACGAGAAGAUAUCUUGAAGAUGGAGGAUGAGCAGUUGAUCGACAUGGAACGUUACGAUACGAUUGUUAGAGGCGACAACCCAGAGGACCAAAGGUAUCAACAUAUGCUGCUUGAACUGCGCGAGUUACUGAAGAGCUAUAAUGAUACGUUGCUUCAACAUUCUCAAGUAUCAGCUCUCCCGAACCCAGAACCUCAUAACAUGCGUUCGCUUCGCAAGUGGAUUGGCAGCGACAAAGAUCUGGAGGUUUUAACUCGCACAGGAAUAGAUACGACCUGGGGCGAACCCGAAGAGGAAAACUCCCUUCGAAGCCAUGUGCGCUCUGUUCUUACAGCGUUGUUCCAAGCAAAACCUUCAACUGAGUUUGGAAAGGAUCUGGUCGUCACCCAUCCAGAGGGGAAGACCGAUGGGCUUACGAAGUGGAUCGUAUAUAAUCUCAUGCCUCUGUACUGGAGACUUCGAGAUGCCCCAAGGGCAAAGAAUCCAUCCAAGCCACCGAUCGAACUCGAGUUGCGCAACCUCGAAGCUCAGCAACAAGAUCCUGAAGCUCUGCAGGACAGAGAAAAGCCGAACGCCCCAAGACAACGCAGAGAUCCUGAGACCCUGGAGACGGUCUCAGAGGCAACUGCUUUUCGGUUCACCUCAGCUCUAUCUACAGUCAUUGCGAGCUUGACACCCAUUAUCGCCAUCGCUGUUCUUUCGCAGUUAUCAGGCACGCGCGAUCUCCUCCUGUGCAUUACUGGCUUUGCGGUAAUCUUCGCCAUCCUCCUAAUAUUCCUGACCCAAGGUACCUCCUCAAGAACAGAGAUAUUUGCAGCCACCGCAGCGUUCUCCGCCGUCCUCGUUGUAUUUAUCUCUGACCCGCCAAUCAAUAUAGAGAUACUGCCUGGUACGGAUAGGCUUACGGUCGGGACUUAA